CGCGGCUGGCGACUUUGCUCCAGCGAUUCAUUGCUCCAAGAAACAAAGAUGCGCACCGAACGACUGCUGUCGGUGAACGAGGACCGCGACUCCCUUCUCGACGCCGCGACACACGCCGAUCCGGCAAGGCUGCGCGCCCUCCUCGCGCGGGGCGUCGCCGCCGACGACCCAGAGGCGGAAGGGUGGGAGCAGCCGCUGGCGCACGCGGUUUCACACGGGCACACCGAGUGCGCCAAGCUCCUCGUCGCCGCCGGCGCUCGCGUCAACAGCUCCAUGGUCCUGUGGGCGCUCGAGGCGCUCCCAGAUGGCGCGAUGGCACGAAUUCUGUCGGGCGCGCCUGCAGAGAAGAAGGGCGGGCAGGCGUGGGGCGAGAGGCACCGCGCGCUCGCCUCGAGUCUGCUCGUCCGUACCUGCGCGCAGUCGGGCGGACCGCGGCUCCUGCAGGCGUGCCUCGACAUGGGCGUGCCGGCCGAUUUUCAGCUGACGAUCGGCGACAGCCGUCUGACGCCCCUCGCCCUCGCCGCGGCCGUCGGAGAGGAGGCGUGCGUCGAGGUGCUUCUGCACGAGAAGGCGGAUCCUUCCCGCACCGCGUUUGUCGCCGGCAAUCACACCACCCCGCUCCAGCUGGCGCGCAGCGCCGGCAGCUCGGCGGUGGAGCUCCUGCUGCGCCAGGCAGGAGCCAGCGAGCCGGCCGCCCAGCCAGCCUGCGCUGCCGCGUCGUCGGAUCACGCAAGCGAGGUGGCCGUCGACGCUUCCUCUGUCGGAGCGGACCCGUCAGUCUGCGCCGCCGACCCGGCAGAUUCGGUGCACGAGCGGUCCGCGAACGCGGAUCUGCGUGUGGCCAAGACGGUCAUGGGUGGCUACCGCUCGCCGCUCCGGAGCAACAGCAACUCGCCGUCUCCCCCGGCCUCGCCCGUGUGCCGGGCGCGACUUCAGCGAUGGUUCUCCACGCCCGCCACGGAGUGAUCAGUUGAGUGCACUGACGGCAAGCAUUUGCGCGCGAAGAGCCGCGCGGAAUGCAACCUUCGGGGAGGGCCUGAUGAGUGGUUUUGGGCACUGCCAUCGGGGCAGGUGAGAACACUGCGAGAAAGAAGAAGAAGCCGACAGCAAAUUUCAGUUGACGCAGGGAGGUUUCUGUUCCACCGCUCUCUCAGAGAGAUUUUUG